CCAUUUGGUCAGAGCCCUCAACAAGAAGAGAGGCAAGGACAAAGUCACCAUGGCAUCAGUGUCCACUCAGGGGAGCCAAGAGAAAGGUCCCCACUUGCCACCACUGAGCAAGCAGCCAUAGCCAGGACAAGAACAAAUGCAAUACUCCUUGACUUACAAUGGAGAUACAUCUCAAUAAUCUUGUCAUAAGUUGAAAAUAUCUUAAGUCGAAAAUGCAUUGUAAACAUCUAUCCUACUGAAACACAUCCUAGCUUAGAAACACAACACAGUACAGAGCAUGAACUUUUCAUCUUCACAAUUGCCCAGGGGAAAGGUGGCCACAGCUAAAUGCUGCUGCCCGGCAUCACAUGAAAAUAUUGCAUUGCAUAUUGCUAGCAAUUUAAGGAAAAGAUCAAAAUUCAAAGUAUGGCUUCUACUGAAUGCAUAUCACUGCCAUGCCAUCAUAAAAAUGGAAAAAUCUGAACCAUCAGUAAGUCAGGGACCGAUUUGAUUUGAUUUACCUGGGAAAGGAGGCGUGCUUGCUGAGGAGCACAGGUGCUAAGAAAUGGAGGAGAGUUGGAGAGAAAGAAGAGGGAGGAUGCCAGCUUGCAUUGCUUGUAGAUCUCUGAAGGCAUAGACGCCAUGAGCCCCUCCACCUUGUUAAUAUAGCAUCAUGCAUGUCAAGUGCUUGGCAUAGUGCCUGGCCCAUGAGAAAGUGCUCAAGAAAUGGUGACCACCAUCCACACUGAUACCUACUACAAAGAGCCUGAAAAGGAACAGUGGCAAAAUCAGCAAAUCCUUCUCUUCACUGAGGAGGCAACACUGAGCUUGAUCUUAAGAGCAGAGCAUGUUGUUUUGUCCAAAAUCAAAACUGCACAUCCACAGAGGAGAGAUAGCCAAGAUUAUUCGAGAAUGUCAAGAAGAAAGUUUCUGGAAGAGAGCUCUGCCUUUCUCUCUUGUAAGCAUGCUUGUCACCCAGGGACUAGUCCACCAAGGUUACUUAGCCGCUAACCCAAGACUUGGAUCAUUGCCUAAACUUGCACUUGCUGGCAUCUUAGGAUUUGGCCUUGGAAAGGCUUCAUACAUAGGAGUAUGCCAGAGUAAAUUCCAUUCCUUUGAAGAUCAGCUGCGUGGAGCUGGUUUUGGUCCAGAGCAUAACAGGCAUUGCCUGCUUACCUGCGAGGAAUGCAAAAUAAGGCAUGGAUUAAGUGAAAAGGGAGAUUCACAGCCUUCGGCUUCCUAAACUGUCUAUGGCUUUUGAGUUUUCUAAACCUCUGAAUUUAUACACAUUUAAAAUUUCAAGAGUACUUUAAAAUGAUAUACUUCUUUUGAUUCUCUUGCUCUUUUGAAAUGCUUUCUGUGGAAGGCUCUCCCCUGAAUUGAGCAUGACAUAUUUUUCUGCUAAGAACAUGUUGAGAGCCCUCACAUAUCAAACAAACAUACAAUAACAGCAGCAGAUGAUAUUGCACCCUGCCUGGCUUACAGCUGAGUAAAGGAAUUGAGUCUUCUCUGAUUAGCCUCCAUCUUUUCUUUCACUCUGCUUUUCUUCAAUGUUUUAAGUUUUCUAGUAGAAGACAGGAAUGAAUGAGGAGGAAGCUGGGGAGUCAUGACCCAAAGAAAAUUCAGGUAUUUGGAGAUAGAUAGAAGUACAGGCUGAGAAAGACUGUGUCUUUUAUAAGCACUAGAAGUGUUUCCCAUUGCUAGGCAUGGUGGCGCAUGCCUGUAAUCCCAGUAGCUCGAGAGGCUGAGGCAGGAGGAUUGAGAGUUCAAAGCCAGCCUUAGCAACUUAGCAAGGGCCUAAGCAACUCAGUGAGAUGCUGUCUCCAAAUAAAAUAUGGGGAUAGGCUGGAGAUGUGGCUCAGUGUUUUAGUGCUCCUGAGUUCAAUCUCUGAUACCAAUAAAUAAAUAAUAAAUAGAUGAAUAAGAAGUGCUUCUCAAGACAUAGGAGCCAAGAUUUCAUUCAAAAUGGUCAAAAUAUGAAACAACUGUCCUUUCAGUGAUGGACAUAACUGUGAGGCUCAUCAGUGCAUGAGGUUUUUAAAAACACCUAUCAUCUUUCAGUUACCUGCUAAGCUAAUAGGUACGCAUUUGUGAUCACUCUUUAAUAGGAUACUUUUGUAGACUACUAGUGGCCUGAAAGAAUAAACCCAUUUUCCCAAACCAUUCUCCUUCUUCCAAGCAGCUCAUUUAUGGGGAGAAUAACUUGAGGAAUUAACUCACAGAAUGAUAAACUCUUAGAAUUUUAGGGAGUUCAGAGUCAAUUUAACUCCAAGAGUCAGAUUUCUAUUCUCCAACCAUGUUCGUUGCAUGAAAAAAAAAAAUUCUCUAUUUGGGAACCUUUUGUUUUACAUCAAGUUGGCUAAGCCUUAUUAAAAAAAAACUUCAAUUGGAUCUUUGCACCUGCUCGGGAAAAUGCUUUAGAUAUGUAUUGACAUUUAUGUUGUGUGUAUGUGUAUGUGUGCAUACACAUUUGUGUUUCACUUAAGAUAUCUUAAAGCCUGUAGCAUGGAAGUAAAAAGGGACACCUCAUCAUAAGUUAAUACUUGGUAUAAAAUAUUGUAUUUGAAAAGCCAAAAAUAUGUGGAAGUUUUUCAUUCCAAACAUUAACUAUAUGGAAUGGAUGGCUUGACUGAGUUUCCUCUUUAUUUUACAUAUCCUGUUUUUUAGUCAAUAAAGUUCUAUUUCUAUAAAUUAGAAUGCAGAGCAAAUAUUGUAGCCUUUCUCCCCCUACCUCCCACCCCAUUGCUGGGGAUCAAACAACAAAGGGCCUCAUGCAUUCUAGGCAAAUGCUGUACCACUGAUCUACACCUCAGCCCCUAUUCUAGGUUUUUGAAUGCAGUUUAAUUUUUGGCUCUGACAUCUAGCAAUUGAUGAUUCUUCAUUAUAUCUGCUAUUGAAAACAAUCCAGAAUUAGGGCCAGUUAUAUCCUGCAUCCCAGAAAAUGAUUUUGCAGCAAGCCAUUGUUAAAAAUAAAUCUUGGCUAGGGGCUGGAGGUGGGGUGAUACAGGACAUGCCUAGCACAUGGGAGGCCCAGGGUUCAAUCCCCAAUACCAUUCAAGAAAACAACAACAACAAACAAACAAAAAAAAAACAGUCUUUGUGUACUGGGAAAGAGUGCAUUAUUAUUUACUGUUGACAUCUUCAUAGUUCUCAAUCAAAUUGGAUUUAUUGCUUGGACUUUCUGCUUUCCCUAAGUAGACAAGUUAUUCAUUGAAGCAGUUUAUCAUAGUGAUUUAUCUUGUGUGAAGGAAAAUCAAGAAGAAGAAAACUGGAAGGUCAUCCAGAUUCAUACCUCUAGUCAUUGCAGAAGGAAAGUAACUUGAGGGGAAUAUCUGCUGCUCAUGUUUCACCAACACUCAUAACCAACCCAGUCAUAAGCUUAUGAAAGCAGAAUCUUCAUAAUGGGAAAAAAACUUGGCAAAGAAUAGCAGGACAACAUUGUGGAUAAACUUGCAUGAAGUAGAAAAUAAAAUAUGAGACUACAUAGUAACAGUUGUAUACCUAACCAACUUUAUUAACAGAUUUUCCUAUGAUGAUAUGGUCUGAUAUUCUAGAGUGAAUAAAAUGGAAAAUAUCCUA